AUGUCGGCUGCCUACAGCCAGGGAUAUGCUCCUCACCUUCUGUUCAGCUCUUUCACCUCAGAAGUGUGUAGAGAGCUCUGGUGCCUUAGCAAAAGCAACCGCUGUGUCACCAACAGUAUCCCUGCUGCUGAGGGGACCUUGUGUCAGACGGGAAGCAUCGAGAAAGGGUGGUGCUACCAGGGGGAGUGUGUGAUAUUUGGGACAUGGCCCCAGAGUGUGGACGGAGGCUGGGGUCCCUGGUCGUCGUGGGGGGAGUGCAGCAGGACCUGCGGAGGGGGAGUCUCUUCCUCCAUGAGACAUUGUGACAGCCCAGCGCCUUCUGGAGGAGGGAAGUACUGUCUCGGAGAGAGGAAGCGCUACAGGUCGUGUAACACAGAUGCGUGUCCAUCGGGAUCCCGGGAUUUCCGUGAGAAGCAGUGUGCCGACUUCGACAGUURGCCGUUCCGUGGGAAAUACUACAACUGGAAGCCCUACACCGGAGGUGGUGUGAAGCCGUGUGCUCUGAACUGUCUGGCGGAGGGAUAUAACUUCUACACUGAGCGCUCCCCGGCCGUCAUCGAUGGAACACGCUGCCAGGCCGACUCAUUGGACAUCUGCAUCAAUGGAGAGUGCAAGCACGUAGGCUGUGACAACAUCCUGAGCUCAGACGCCAAGGAGGACCGCUGUCGGGUGUGUGGAGGGGACGGCAGCACCUGUGAGGCCACAGAGGGACUGUUCAAUGACUCUCUGCCCAGAGGAGGCUACAUGGAGGCUGUUCAGAUACCAAGGGGGUCAGUCCACAUAGAAAUCAAAGAAAUUGCCAUGUCCAAAAACUACAUCGCGCUGAAGUCGGAGGGAGACGACUACUACAUCAACGGAGCGUGGACCAUCGACUGGCCCAGAAAGUUUGAUAUCGCAGGGACGGCGUUUCACUACAAGAGACCCCUUGAUGAACCCGAGUCAAUAGAGGCCCUGGGAGCCACCACGGAAAACCUGGUCGUCAUGGUUCUUCUCCAGGAACAGAACACGGGGAUCCGUUAUAAGUUCAACGUUCCCAUCCAGAGGACAGGAAGUGGAGACAAUGAGGUGGGCUUCUCCUGGAACCAUCUGGCCUGGUCCGACUGUUCCGCCACCUGUGCUGGAGGUUCCCAGAAGCAGGGAGUGGUGUGUAAGCGUCUGGAUGAUAACUCUGUGGUGCAGAACAGCUACUGUGAAGCAGAAAGCAAACCUCCAGGGAACCAGAGGUCCUGCAACACUGAACUCUGCCCCCCAGAGUGGUUUAUCGGGGACUGGUCGGACUGUGGGAAGACGUGUGAUGGCGGGAUACGGACGCGGACGGUUCUCUGUAUCAGGAAAAUGGGGCCUGCCGAGGAGGAGACCCUGGAGGACAGCCACUGUCUGACGCACCGACCAAUAGAACGAGAAGCCUGCAACAACCAGUCCUGCCCCCCUCAGUGGGUCACUCUGGAUUGGUCAGAGUGUACACCCAAAUGUGGCCCUGGGUUCAAGCACCGCAUCGUGCUGUGUAAGAGCAGCAACCUGACCAAGACCUUCCCCCCCGCCCACUGUCCCGCCCACAACAAGCCCCCCAUCAGGACCCGCUGCAGUCUGGGACGCUGUCCACCACCUAGAUGGAUCCUAGGGGAAUGGGGACAGUGUUCAGCACAGUGUGGGCUGGGCCAGCAGAUGCGGACAGUGCAGUGUCUCUCCUACACAGGCCAGCCCUCCAGUGACUGUCCCGAGGCCCUCAGACCUCCCAACAUGCAGCAGUGUGAGAGCAAGUGUGGCUCCACGCCCAUCGCUAACGGAGAUGAAUGCAAAGACGUAAACAAAGUGGCAAUUCGCCCACUGGUGCUGAAGUUCAAGUUCUGUGGUGCGUACUUCAGACAGAUGUGCUGCAAGACGUGCAAUAACGCUGACCACACAGAGAGAGAAGGAAGAGAUAACGAGUAGGAACAGAGGGAGCUGGAGGAGAAAGAGCACACAGGCAACGGGCAGAGUGAAAACAACUCAAGACCAGUGGAAGAGGAGGAGGAGAGGAGAGAAG